AUGCGCUUCUCCGCCGUAUGCACCGUCCUCCUUACGGCCAUCACACAUGCAGCUCCCACUACUCAAGGCAGUCCAGACGACCAGUUUUGGCCACUAACUGCCGACCUCCGGAAUGAUUGUGCAAGAGAAUGCAUCUUCGAUCGCAGGCCUCUGUAUUUUGAUGCUCGCAAUAUAACCAGGGGUGAAUACUGUCUUGACCCAGCACACGUUAUCGCGCCUUUCUACAACUGCGCAUAUCCAUGUGUGAUGAGGAACUGUGGGUAUAUUAAGUGGGAUGUGGACUAUCCACGUGAAGCCUUGAAGCAAACAGCCGAGUGGUGGCAUAGAGUUUGCGAUGGGAUCGCACCAUGUUGGGAAGCUGCGUGCGAUGGGUUUGAUCCGAAAAAAGAUAUCCCUGAUGAUGAAACUUGUGCGCAGAUGCGGGCGGAUGACUGA